AUGGCUAAUGGGUCAAUGCUCUUCAUUCCUUCAAAUGGUGCCAACAUAGUCCAGGGAGGACAGCUAAUCCCUGGAACUGUUAUCCCGUCAGGAGGGGUGAUACAAUAUGGAGGACAGCAACCUGGAAACUCCAACAGCCAACCUGAGCAAAACCCUCAGCAGAGGGUACAGGAGAAACUCCGUAAAGUAGAGACCAAGACACUGGGGGCCAUCCAGAUCAUAAUUGGGCUGAUGCACAUUGGAUUUGGGGGGGUCUCAGCUGUUCUUGUUGGUUUAUACUACAUACCUUUGGCCGUCGUUGCACUUUAUCCAUUCUGGGGUGGAAUAUUUUUUAUUGCUUCUGGCUCCCUUUCUGUGUCAGCUGAGAAUCCCAUGUGUGCCUCCUUGGUGAAGUGCAGUGUGGGAAUGAACAUCACAAGUGCUGUCAUGGCAUUAAUUGGCAUGAUUCUAUAUAUAGCAGAGUUGGCUAUAAAUUCGCUCUUAGCUAUGGCAAGACAUCCAGGGGAAAAGGCUACUGACACAACUAUGUUAAUUCCCCCAAUUGAUGCCAAUAUAAUCCAGGAAGGCCGAGUAAUCCCUGGUACUAUUAUCCAACCAGUAACAGCAACACAAUACACAAACCAGCUUCAUGGCAGCUUGAACAACCACCCACAGCAGAGUUCUCCGAUGGGGUUAUGGGAAAAGCUUCACAAAGUAGAGAGCAGCACUCUGGGGGCUGUCCAGAUCAUAAUUGGACUGAUACACAUUGGCUUUGGCAGCGUUUCAGCUGUUCUUUGGAAUGAGUACAGACCCUACAUACCUUUGGCCACUCAUGGAGCGUAUCCAUUCUGGGGGGGAGCAUUUUUCAUUGCUUCUGGAUCCCUUUCAGUAUCAGCUGAGAAUGUUCGGAACACCUGCUUGGUGCAAUGCUCUGUGGGAAUGAAUAUCACAAGUGCUAUCAUGGCAUUAAUUGGUGCAAUCCUAUAUACAACAGAGCUAAUUACAAAUUUAUUAGAUUUAGAUUAUUAUUUGACAGAGUCCGUAGGUUUUGGUCUUGGUUUUCUGCUUCUCAUAUUCAGUUUGUUGGAGUUUUGCAUCACAGUUUCAACGGCUCAUUUUGGAUGCCAGGCAACCUGCUGCAAAAAUGACAUGACCAUAGUUGUUGUUCCCUACACCAUCAUCAGAGAUGGUGUGAUUUCUGGUGAAGACGUCCCUGCUGAAGCUAAUCUUUCUCAUCCAGCUCAUGACAAUGCAAAUUUCUGUCCUUAAUUAAAGGCUUGGUCAAGAAACCAAGGGAGGUGUUAUGGGAGUUAUCAGGUUAGCACAGAAUAUAUCCUUUAGUUUUUGGAAAAAUAGCCAUUGUUCAGGACAAUGUGACAGGGCUACAACCUUUUUGUAGGGUAAUCCAUUAUUUAAGAAAUGAUGGAAAUAGUUUCAAAUGGAGGAAGGGCAUUCCAAACCAAAUUUGGUGGAAUAUGGACUGACCUAAAAAGGAUAGAAUACUGGGGCCCUUCUUCCCACUAAUUUUCCAAAAUACAAGGAGCAGUGGCAGUGAGCACUCCAUAGGUAGUAGGGCCACUUUAAGACUCUAGUAAUUACAAUAAACAUUUACAGGAGGUAUGCAAGGUGUUAAGGGAACAGUGAAAACAUCAUUUCCCAUGAUUUCUAUAAUUUCUGGACACUAUCACACAUGUCUAUGGUAAUACCCAUAGAUACUGGGAACUGUGGGUACUCUAUUUCCUAUGGUACCUCACAGCCCUGGAAACAUGAAAUAAAUACUUUGCAAAAAAAACACCAACUAGAAAAUAAAACUGAAGCAGCUAUUUGGUUUCCAUUUUUUGGCGCCUUUUCUGUGACUGCACUUUCCCAAAGUCCCAGAAAAGGCGCUGAAAGAACGGAAAUCAAACAGCCUGCAACCAUUUUGCAAAUGGAGACAUCUGGAUUCCUGGGGGAAAGCCGCCAGCAUUCCAUGAGCGGGCAAUCCCUAUAAAGAUGUGGAGAAACUGCCAUAGUCUCUUUUAUCAGCUUUGGUUAAAAUACCAGCUACAGCUAUUCUUCAAAAAGCAUGAUUUGGCCACAGUCUCCAUGCUCUGAUUAGAUUUAGGUUAGAUUACUGUAAUGAGCCUUACUUGGGGCUUCUUUUGAAAAUGUUCCAGAAACAGCUUAUCCAAAAUGCAGCAGCCAGGCUAUUGUCAGGGGCAGGGGUCACACCAGUGCUUAAAGAUAUGCACUGGCUACCCAUUUGUUUCCUGGCCCAGUUCAAAGUGUUGGUUCUUAUCUUUAAAGCCCUAAAUGGCUUGGGACCAGGGUACAUGAAGGACCACCCCUCCCAUGUUGUCUAGUUGCCCAUGCAGAUCAGUUUCACAACAGUCUCUGUUUUCUGUGCCCCCACCUUCAGAGACAGGCAACCAGAGACAGGCUUUUCAAUAGUGGCACCUCGCUUAUGGAUGCCCUUCCCCUGAGGCUUGCUGGGUAUCUAUAUUGCUUUUUUUUAGGUGCCAGGCCGAAGCAUUUCUAUUCACUUGGGCUUUUAAUCAAGGGAUUAAUUUUUAACACUAUUUUAGCAUGGAAACUGUUGUUUUAAGAUGUCUGUGGUCUGUUUUUAUGAUCUAAGUUUUUAUGCUAGGCUGAGGCUUUUUAAUGCUGGAUUUUAUUUAAUCUUUAAAUGUUUUGUUUUUACCACCUUGAUUUUGUAAGCUGUCUUGUGCAGGUUCUUGAAGAGGCAACAUUAAAAUGUUCUAA